AACUAUCAUGACAUCAUGUCUUGCCACCCAGAAAACUUUCAGUGGGAGCACUGGAGCUUUGAAAAUGUUGCUACCAUACUUGCUCGCCGGUUCCCGAAUAGCUUUAUUUGGGUUGUAAAGUGUUCUCGAAUGCACCUGCACAAAUUCAGUUGUUAUGACAACUUUGUGGCAAGCAACAUGUUUGGAGCACCAGAGCACAGCACUGAUUUUGGAGCUUUCAAGCAUCUCCAUGCAUUGCUAUUUAAUGCUUUCAGACUCUCUCAGAAUAUUCUGCUGUCCCAGAAAAGCGUGCAUGGUGUCAGCAAGGAUGCAAAAAUAGCUGCUUGUAAAUCACAGCCGCAGUCUGUUCCUACAACAAAUGGCUGCUCGUCCACAGAAAGAGAGAGAGAUUGUGAAUGCUCUAAUAAUUCUGCUAUGAACUUCGUUGUACCGUCUGCUGUAGGUGCAGUGUCGUUUACUUUGAUUGGCUUCAGUAAAGGUUGUGUGGUUUUGAACCAGCUGCUUUAUGAGCUCAAGGAAGCUAAGAAAGACAAGAAUACAGAUGCCUUCUUAAAAAACAUAAAAGCAAUUUACUGGCUGGAUGGUGGUCACUCGGGAGGAAGCAAUACUUGGGUUACUUACCCUGAAGUGCUGAAAGAACUUGCACAGACAGGAAUUGAAGUUCAUGCUCAUGUUACACCAUACCAAGUGUUUGAUACAAUGAGGUCAUGGAUUGGGAGAGAGCAUGAGAAAUUUGUACAGAUACUUGAAGAAUUUGGUGUGGAAAUAAAUGAUCAACUACAUUUUGCUGAUGAUGUUCCCUCCUUAGAUAACCAUUUCAGAGUUCAUGAAGUAUUUUGAGACUGCAUGUAUCUGGAUAGUACAUUCAUUGCAAAAGCACUUUGGACACUCUAAAGGUUGUCAUCCAGAUAUACAGUUUUGAGCAGACACUUUAUGAAGAGAAUACUGAAUCAGCCCUUUGUUGCUAGUAGAUAGUAUAUAGAAAUUUCAGUAGGGGAUUGGGACCCCAUGCCUACCACAGAUUUCAUCAUUUGAUUCCUGGGAAAAAAG